GUUGAAUUUUAAAAAUGCAGAAAAAGCAAGAACUUAAGCAGCUUAGCUUAAAGUUUGCCAAAAGUAGAAUUUCUAAUAACAUCAAGAAUAUUAGUUAUAAAUCCAGAAGAGAUGAAAUGAAACUUGCCAAAGAAGCCUCCGAGUCAGAAACGAAGAGAGGUACUAAACGUAGCCUGUACAAGAGAAUGAGGAUUGAGAGAUACAAAAACACUCAAAAUGUUUCCACUGAAAUAUCUCUUUCUAAUGAAAGUAAAUAAAAUUCUUGGAAGGGAAAAGCCGUUUGAUAAUUCUGUACACAAAAGAACUCGCGGACGCAGAAAAAUCCACAGAGAAGACAUCCAAAUCCUUGAGGACAAAAUUAAGCAACUCGAUAGAGAAAUCCUGAUGACCGAGAAGAUCCGGAAUGAAUUCCAAAGAUUUAAUUCAUGCUCUGGACAAGAAACUGAGAUCUCUGAGGACCAUAAUAGCUUCCAAACUCCGUGCCAAGAACGUAAAUCCAUGCCUGUUGGGAAUGUUAAAAACACUCUUGGUCAUAUUCGAGGGCUGAUCACACACAUGGUUGAUUUGGUCAACCAAGAUCCUAACACAGACUCGAGUUUGAGCAAGGAGCUCUCAAAUCUUGUCAAGAUGAAACACAAAAUAAAAAUUGAGGAUACUCCUAAAGUAGUCAAAAGCAUAAAAGCCAUAUUCCGGGACACCUCAGUUGCACUGGAAGAUUCUGAAGACCUAAACCCUAUUGAAAAGAAGCUCAAAAAGAAGCGGUCUCAAAGUAAGAUUGAGUAUUGCAGAAAGGAGAAUUUGUACCCAAAACGUAAAAAGGUAUGGAAGGAAGACCUUGAAUAUUACCACCAUCUUGGGAACAACAAUCACAAAAACUUCUCUUUCUCAUUCAAAAGACAGAAGACAGUUGACCGAGAUAGUGGGGACACCCAUUCAGAAGGCGAAGAAUCGCAUCACAAGAGUGUUUUUAGUGUAUCUAAGCGAGUUUCUCCUCGUGUGAAUCCCUUCUGAUCCCCAAACACUCUCGAAUCAAUGACUUAGAUUUAAUCUCUAACCUAGUCAACUUAAAAUAUCUGGAUUAAUUCAACUAUAAGAUUAUUUGUUGG